UUGUGCAUAACAGAUUCACCCAAUUAAAAUGUUAUUUCCUUUAGCAGCCCGGAUAGUCACAUCUCAGCGUUUGCUGGGGCGCGUUCACCUUUCCUUAAGUUUAAUCCUUCACCAGCCAUUCGUUUCAACUGUUUCACUCGGGGAACGAGCACAGAUAGAAGCCGCGUCCUCCCGCAGUGCGCUGCAGCCGCUUCCCCAUCCGGGGCCGCGAUCAGGGAGCUGCAUCACCACCGCUCCCAGCACCGCGGCAGUUCCUGGUUUGCCCACAUCUCCGAUGCAGGAGCUCCCGGCUCCUCGCAGGGCAGCGCGGGGUUCCGACGGCGCGGCGCUGCUGGGAGCGGCCGAACCGGGGCUGGGGGCGAGCGGGGCGGAGGCGCUGCAUUGCCAGCCGCCGCCAGCAGGGGGCACCAAAGAGAACGCAGCCACCGAACGGGGCCGGGAGGCGAGAAUCAGAGCAGCGCCCGGCCGGAGCGAGGCGUCCCCCGCCAGGCCGAGCAUCCUCCGCGGAGCCGGGCCUGAGCAGCCUCCUCCGAGCCGGGGAUCCGGCAGCGGGAGCUCAGGCGAUGCGGAGACGGCGGCGGCCCGGAGGGCUGGCCCUGCUGCUGGCCGCUCUCUUCGUUUUCGGUACGGUGCUGGCGCUGCGCACGCUCCGCGCUGCCGAUGCUCUCCCCGCCGGAGCGCCGGGGCUGGCAGAGCCGCCCGCUCCUCCCGGAGCCCGCGAGCCGGCAGCGGGGAUCGGCCCGUCUUACGACCUGCACGCUUUUUACUACGCCUGGUACGGCAGCCCGCGCUUCGAGGGCCGCUACCUGCACUGGGAUCACGCCCUGGUGCCGCAUUGGGACCCCAAAGUGUCGGCCAGUUACCCCCGGGGCCGCCACCGCCCGCCCGAUGACAUCGGCUCCAGCUUCUACCCUGCGCUCGGCCCUUACAGCUCCCGGGACCCCGCCGUGGUGGACGAGCACAUGGGCCAGCUCCGCGCCGCCGCCAUCGGAGUGCUGGUUCUGUCGUGGUACCCACCCGGCCUAGCAGAUGAUAAUGGGGAACCAUCAGACAGCCUCGUGCCAUUCAUACUGGAUGCUGCACAACGGUAUGCCAUAAAGGUCGCCUUCCACAUCCAGCCGUACAAAGGGCGCGAUGACCACACAGUGCAUGAGAAUAUCAAAUACAUCAUGGACAAAUACGGAUCUCAUGCUGCUUUUUAUAAGUACAAGACCAGCACUGGCAGGAGCCUUCCGCUGUUUUAUAUCUAUGAUUCCUACUUGACACCAGCUGAAUCCUGGGCCAACCUUCUCACACCAUCAGGCUCCCAUUCUCUCCGUAACACCGCCUAUGACGCUGUGUUCAUAGCACUGCUGGUGGAGGAAGGGCACAAGAAGGAUAUCCUGUCUGCAGGAUACGAUGGCAUGUACACAUAUUUUGCAUCCAAUGGUUUCUCUUUUGGCUCAUCCCACCAGAACUGGAAAGCCAUCAAAACUUUCUGCGAUUCCAACAACCUGAUGUUCAUCCCCAGUGUUGGGCCAGGCUACAUUGACACCAGCAUUCGCCCCUGGAACAACCACAACACUCGGAACAGAGUCAAUGGGAAGUACUAUGAAACAGCUCUGCAGGCUGCUCUCAUGGUCAGGCCAGAGAUUGUCUCCAUCACAUCCUUCAACGAAUGGCACGAAGGCACCCAGAUUGAGAAAGCUGUUCCCAAGAAGACCCUGACACGCCUUUACCUGGACUACCUUCCUCAUCAGCCCAACAUGUACCUGGAGCUGACCCGCAGGUGGGCAGAACAUUUCAGCAAAGAGAAAGAGCAGUGGUUGAUGUGACUUCAGCAUCUGCCUUACUCAAAGCCAUCCCACCGACAGAGCUGCAGCACAGACAGGCAGGUCACUGAACCUGCAGCAGCCUGCAAGCACCCCAAGGACUGCAAGAGUUCCAGCUCUCAACCCACAGGAGGAAAAAUGACAAGGAGUAGGAAAUCUCUAAGCAGCAGCAAAGUCUAACUUCCUGCAGAUGUAGCAGAGAUGACCUUUUUAGAGCUCUUCUGCAAUGCAUGGGGGUGCUGGCUUCAGGGCCAAAGAUCCAUUUUUUCUUAUGGUGUGUAUGUUCUGUGAUGUUUGACAUAGUUAGCUGGGUUCCAGUAUGCAUUUUACCUUAAGCCCUUGGUCUGCUGCCACCACAGAUCCCUCACUCCACUAGCAACUUCAAAAGCAUUUCCUUACCAGCUGGCUGCAAAAAAGAAAUAAAAGGUCCUCUAAAUUGUUUACUGUAGGUGAAACUAAACCAUACAGUUUGGUUCAUCCAAGCUCUUCUACACCAAAAAGUUCUGUGCUAGGUGUUGUUAAUAUGGCUUACUGUAUCCAAAUAACUCAAGAUAAUUACAGCCCAAAUACUAGUGGCUAUUUACCCGUACUGCUCUACAUGCUGCCCAAGGAAAUGCAACCAUAUCUCUACUAAAAGUUAUUCAGUGGUUGUUUACUGCUCCAAGUUUUGAAAAUUUAGACAUGAAGUUGCUUUAUUCCCUUUAGAAUCAAGGGGAAAAAAAAACCAAACCAAAAUAAAACAAAACAAACCACUUGCAAUAAAAACACUGCUGAAAACACCAUUCAUUGUUUGAAAGUUCAGCUCACAGUAGCUUUCCUUCUUAUAACAUGAUGGAAAGC